CAAGAGUCCAAGUUACGGAAAUGCAGACACUCGUACGGACUACUCGCAGAGGAGCUUUCCCCGAGACAGGUCGAGCCUGUGUUAUAGCUUCGAUAUGCAGUCGACGAACUCUUCUCCAUGGCCAAACACAGCUCUGUCGACGAAGACACAAUUCGACACUCCUGACCUCCAGACAGCGGAAUACGUCUUCUCCAGAUGCGCCGACGAAGCCAUCCAGGCGGACGCUCCAAGUCAUACCAACUACUACGCUUGUACGAUCGCUUAUAGUCUUGUCAGCCACAAUGCUACCCGCAAAGCUGCUGGCCCUCCUCAUUCGCAUGACCAAGAAGCACGUUGGAAUCAUCGAAUCGAUCGGCCCACUGAGAUGGACCUUCAAGAAGAUGUUAUACGACAACUUCUGCAUCGGCUUUCGAAAAGAUGAGAUCUUAACCAAGACCCAGGAGCUUCGUCGCAUAGGCUUCACUGGCAUCGUUCUGGCGAAUGCCCGUGAGGCUCAACCUACUGCGGAUACGAACAUCGGAUCAGUCAUUGGUGACACUCAAUGCGAGGAAUGGGUUGAGAACAACCUUGAAUCAGUACAACAAGCUGACCCUGGAGACUAUGUCGGUCUGAGAUUCACCGGCGCUGGCACCGCGGCAGCCAAGUUCCUGGCCGACUUUUCGGCGGUUUGCAAGUCCCAUUCGCUGGAAGAAGCGAGCAAGAUUUACUCUGCCGACAUGGAACACUACGUCGCUCAGGUCAAGAGGGUUUGCGCUGCAGCCGAGGAGCGCCGAGUCCGCGUCCUGAUUGAUGCAGAAUCCUCAACGUAUCAGAGGGCUAUUGAUUGCGCUGCUCUGCAAAUCAUGGCGAGCUUCAAUACUUCGCAUCGAGCCUUGGUUCUAAACACCUAUCAAAUGUACCUGAAGUCCAACAUGGACAAGGUGAAGUUACAUCUGGACCACUCGAUUAAGUAUGGCUAUGUUCUAGGCAUCAAAAUGGUGCGAGGUGCCUAUCUCCACACCGAACUGGACAAACAAUCUUUGCACGUUUCCAAGCAACGGACCGACGAGGCUUACGACGCUACCGUACAAUUCCUAUUGCAGGAAGGGAAAGCAGUACCUUGGAAGGCCGACAUUAUGCUUGCGACUCACAAUGCUCAAAGCGUCCGCAAAGCUUUCGACCUAUACACUAGCACGCAAAAUUCUUCCAAGCAGAAUGGUGUACCCGAACCGCAGAUUCGCGGAAUGACCUUCUCGCAGCUGAUGGGCAUGGCCGAUGAAGUGUCUAUGGAUUUGGUCAACAAAAUUGACAUUGCGAAGAAGGAGGAACCUACCCGACAUCUCACAGAGAUGGAUGACACGAAUCCAUACCCUCGCCUUGGUGUUUACAAAUAUACUGCUUGGGGAAGCCUUCGCGACUGUCUUCUGUACAUCUUGCGAAGAGCUGAGGAGAACAAAGAUGCGGUUGCUCGGACUCAGGACACAGCGUUCGCGGUCAUGCGUGAGUUGCAGUCUAGAGUUCUGAGGAGAAUUUAGGC